AUGCCUCCUACACCAAGAUCUGGAAAUCAAAGAUACGUUCCUUACGACACAAGAGCAGCUCGAUCACCCAGGGAGGCCGCUGCAAUUGCUGCAGCUCGUCGUCAACGAAGAGGCUCUAAUGAAACCUCGUAUCUUGCUGAUGAAGCAACUAAUGAAGGCUCCAGUGAACGUGCAGAAUCCAGUAGAGUCACGGACAGAGAUGUCGACGACGAGUUUGAUGGCCAAGGAGAACAGCAGACGCCAGAAGUCCCAGGAGUUCCUCGAUCAGUUCGAAGCUUGGCAUAUAAUGAAAAUUUACGAUCACCUGAAAGAAGCAUAAAUGAAUGGUCAACAGACCUGGAAGGCCUGGACGAUAUCGAUAGCGUUGAGGAUAUCUCUCUGCGAGAGGCAUCUCAGCGUCCUGAUCUUUUUGGUAACUUCCCAUCCGGUUUCGAUGAUGUUAUUGAUUUAACAGAAGCCGAACAGAAGCGAAGUCAACCAAAGCAAAGAAAAAGGAAACAAAAGCCCACCGAUGAACCCGCACCUCAAGCGGAUUCUGUAAGCAACUCUCAAAGACUAGCGGAUUACAAAUGUGUAAUUUGCCUAGAUAAUCCUGAAAAUUUGUCUGCUACACCUUGUGGUCAUAUUUUUUGUAAUUUCUGUAUAUUAAGCGCAUUAGGAACUUCAUCUGCAACUCAAAAAUGCCCUGUCUGUCGAAGGAAAGUGCAUCCGAAGAACGUGAUUUGUUUAGAAAUGAUGCUAGGUAGCAAACAAAAUAAUAAGAAUUAA